AUGCUCUGUACCUUGUGGCUCAUAUCCAUGUGCGUCAACGAGCUAUUUAUCACAAUAGCAAGCUAUAAUCGACCAUGGACAGAAUUCCUAGGCACGGGAGAAGGAUUGAAGGAAGGCAUGCCGGAAUUGAAAUCAGAAGAUUUUCUUCAUAUGAAAGAGUAUGGUCCAUACACUUUAAACGCAUAUCAUGAUUUGGUUGCAGCGUUGGAGCAUCUUUAUGUAUUAUUGUCAGAUGUAUAA